AUGCUCAAACUAGUCAGAGGGAUACGGCGGUUGAACCAAUGCCGGCACAAUCACGCUACCGUCAUUGGUUCCGAGCCGAACAGAACUGAUCCUUUCUACCAAGAGAAUAAGGGCAAAAUGGACGAGCUUGUCGAAGAAUUACGGCAGAAAACCGGUGACGCCAUCAAAGGCGGCCCGGAGGAGGCCGUAAAGAGGCACACGGCAAGAGGAAAACUGCUCGUCAGGGACAGGAUUAACCGGUUGGUGGACGAGGGAAGCGACGUUUUAGAACUGAGCACGCUAGCCGCCGCCGACAUGUACAAAGGGCAAGUGCCGAGCGCCGGCAUCGUCACCGCCAUUGGCAAAGUUCACGGUCGUGACUGCAUGAUUGUGGCUAAUGACGCUACUGUUAAAGGAGGUACUUAUUUCCCUAUGACAGUGAAGAAGCAUCUGAGAGCUCAAGCGAUCGCACAGGAGUGUCGUCUUCCGUGCAUUUAUCUCGUGGAUUCCGGAGGUGCGCACUUACCUGAUCAAGCCGAUGUCUUCCCGGACAGAGAACAUUUCGGAAGGAUAUUUUACAACCAAGCAAAUAUGUCUGCGGAAGGAAUACCGCAGAUCUCGGUAGUAAUGGGCUCAUGUACCGCUGGAGGCGCGUACAUUCCUAGCAUGUCUGAUGAAAGUAUUAUAAUUAAGAAUCAAGGAACAAUUUUCUUAGCUGGUCCACCAUUGGUGAAGGCUGGUACAGGCGAAACAGUUCUGCUGAAGAAUUAG